AUGGCUUUAGCCAACCUGCUGGACACUAAAGUACAGGGUGCGCUGGUCCGGUCCCGGGUUCAAAACAUCACGGAGAUGGAUGCUCCAUCGAGUUUCUUCUUUGGGCUUGAGAAGAAACAAGGGCAGAGGAGACAAAUUCACUCUCUGCUCUCUGAGACAGGGCAAGAGCUGACAGAGCCAGGCCUGAUAAGGUGUCUAGAGGCUAACCAGCAGCUCGACAGCCCACUGACUCCACAAGAGCUCUACGCGGCACUGCAGAGCAUGCAGGGACGAAAGGCUCCAGGCAUCGACGGCCUCACUGUAGAGUUCUACAAAGCCUUCUGGGACAUCUUGGCCCAUGACCUCAUAGAUGUUUUUAAUGAGAGCCUGAUCAAGAAAAGGCUUUUGACCGCGUUGAACCACGACUUCCUUUGGAAGGUCAUGGAGAGGUUUGGGUUCAGCGCUGGUCUCAUAGCCAAGAUCAAGGUGUUGUACAGUGACAUUGAGACAGGACCAGAGCUCACAGAUGUCCAAUCUCUGGGCUCUGUGCUGGGGGUACGCUCUGUCCGGCUGACGCAGAGGAGCCUAGAGCUCUGGAGGAGGAGGCUGACGGAGAAGGAGAGAAUCCUUCUCCUCAAAUACGGCAGGGGAGAGGCUGAGCCGGACCCCACAGACCCUUAUCCCGAGAUCUACUUCACUGAGGUGAGUAGUGAGAGGGAGGAGGUGGGAGGGGAAACGGGUGAGGUGACAGGUAAGGUGGGGGUGACAGGUGGUAUUUUAGAUAAAGAUGCAGGUGAAUUGGUCGAGGAUGUGGGUGAAACAGGUGUCGGUGGAGAGGCAGGUGAGGUUCCUGGUGAAGUGGGUGAGGCAGGUAAAGUAACAGGUGAACUAGAAGAGGUAGGUGAACCAGGUGAGGUGAAAGAGGCAGGUGAGGUUGUAGGUGAGUUGGGUGAGGCAGGUAAAGUAACAGGUGAACUAGAAGAGGUAGGUGAACCAGGUGAGGUGAAAGAGGCAGGUGAGGUUGUAGGUGAGUUGGGUGAGGCAGGUGAGGUUGUAGGUGAGUUGGGUGAGGUAGGUGAGGUUGUAGGUGAGUUGGGUGAGGCAGGUAAAAGAACAGGUGAGUUGUGUGAAGGAUUUGAGGUCGUUGGUAAACAGUGUGAAGCAGGUAAGGCGAGAGAGGCAGGUGAGGCUGUAGGUGAGUCGUGUGAGACAGGUAAACUAGCAGGUGAGCUGAGUGAGGGGAGCACAGUAGCUGAGGCUGAAGAGAUGGAGGCCUGUGAGUCUGGGUGGGGGUCUGCUCCUCUUAAACAGCGCAGUAAGAGGAGAAGCAUGUUGACCGUGGAGGUGGGUGGUAAAGCCGGACGUCUGGCCGGUAAACCGAGUGCUGCAGAGAACAGAGCAGCUCUAUCUGACAGCAGUGACAGUGAAGGGUGUGUGUCUGACAGCAGUGACCUGUCUCACACUCAGCAGGCUGCUGCUCAGGUGUAUACUGCCAAUGUACUGAAGUCUUUUUUACAACAGACCAAAGGGAUGAGGAAGCCAGUGUUAGAGCAGUACUUCCCUGAUAUGCAGGGUUUCUAUAACUCAGCCAGGUAUACUGUGAAACACAGAGCAGAGUCAGAGCUGACUGACCAAGAAAUAUUCAGACUGAAAAAACUGAUUAUUAAAGUCAGAAAACAACUCAGUUUUUAAUGAUGGUGAAUGUAGGGAUUUUAUUUUUAUUUAUUUCAUUGAUUGUUUUUAGUCUUGUUCUUAACAUCUCCAUCAUUAUGAAUGUUUUUAAAGUGGGCAGUCUGAAUGUCAAUGGUGCCAGAGAAACAAGAAAGAGAGCAGUAGUGUUUGAAACGGCUAAAAUGAAACAUAUUGAUGUUCUGUUUCUACAAGAAACUCACAGUGAUGUUGGAAACGAGGCAGACUGGAGCAGAGAAUGGGAAGGAGAACUGAUUUUAAGCCAUAACACCACCCUCAGUGGAGGAGUGGGCUUCCUGUUCUCCAGAGGUUUUACUCCAACCUCUCUGGAGGUCAGGCAUGUUGUGGAGGGGAGGUGUCUUUUAGUCAGAGCUCGUUUUGAACAUUUUAAUGUGGUUUUUAUCAACAUUUAUGCUCCAAACAACGGUGCAGAGAGGAAACACUUCUUUGAAAAUAUGAAUGAUAUUUUAAACAGCUGUGGCCCGGAGGAUUAUUUAUUUGUGGGUGGGGAUUUUAAUUGUACUGAAAAUGAGAUUUUAGAUCGCAACCAUGCAGAGCCUCAUCCAGUAUCCCAGCAUGCCUUGAGGCAGCUGGUCUCCUCCCAUGGCCUGGUGGACGUGUGGAGAAGGAUGCACACAGGCUGCAGACAGUACACAUGGUCCCACGUUAGAGAAAACAGAAUCUCUUUGGCCAGACUUGAUCGUUUUUAUGUUUUUAAGCACAGAGUCAGUGUUGUUAAAAUGUGUAAGAUUUUACCAGUUGGUUUUACUGAUCAUUCUUUGGUUUUAUGUAAUGUUUUUAUCAGAAACAUUUUACCCAAAAGUGCCUAUUGGCAUUUUAACUCUGUUUUAACUGUUGAUAAAUCGUUCAA